ACGUGAUCUUGUGUGGCUACGUUUGCCGAUCUAGCUUCAGAAAAACUAGACGUUUCUUCGUCUUUCUGCGUGAUUCGAAGAAAACGUUUACAAUCUCUUUCUCAAAUUUACAAUCACCCCAGACGCGAUGACAACACAUCCUGAAGUUCUAUGGGCUCAACGUAGCAGUGAUUCUGUUGCUGACAAGAACAUCAUUUGGUUGACUGUGAACGUGCCAGACAUUGACGAAUCAAGUCUCCAAUAUGAAUUGACGUCUACCGGAGUUUCUUUCAAAGCAGCGUCAAAAACCGACAAAAAGGCAUAUGCAUUCUCGCUCCCGCUAUUCGAUGAAGUAGACACAGAAGCGUCUCUGAGCAAAUUGAGCUCGCGCUCUUUCACGGCGGUACUACGAAAGAAGGCCCUCAAGGCUGAGUACUGGCCACGACUAACGAAGGAAAAGACGAAGCUGCCGUUUGUCAAGACCGAUUUCAGCAAAUGGGUUGAUGAAGACGAACAAGAUGGUGCCCCUUUAGAAGACGAUCUCGGCGGCAUGGGAGACAUGGGCGGUAUGGGAGGCAUGGGUGGUAUGGGCGGCAUGGGAGGCAUGGGCGGCAUGGACUUCAGCAAGAUGAUGGCUUCCAUGGGCGGGGCUGGUGGUGCCGGCCCAUCAGAUGAGACCGCUGAGUCUGAUUCUGAUUCCGAUGGCGGCCCACCCCCUCUUGAGGAUGUUGAACCCAGUGCGUGACCGAUGGAGUAGCCCCUAAAAUCGGAAAAACUCAGGAAUAAGUAGGUGAACGUGUACACGGGAAGGACGUUGUGUACCAGACACAUCCCACUUCGCAAUGUCAAUUUUAGGUCGAGCAUGAUAGGUGAAGGAUUCAUUUCCGCACACUGUCAACUAUCAUGUCAAGCUCGAGAUCAGCCUGGCUUAUACUCGUGCUAUGUGUGUUUUAGUGACAUAGCCCUUGAUAUAC